AUGGACCCCAAAAUCCAGAUUCCAGACUACGAGGCGACGCCUGUCGCCUCCAUCCCCAACAUCUGUGCGACUGUGCGUGCCACCUUCUCGAGCAACCGGACCAAGGACCUGGAAUGGCGCAAGAUCCAGCUGCGCAAGCUCUACUGGGCUUUGACAGACUUCACGCCUAAGCUAGUCGCUGCCCUCAAGAAGGACCUCAACAAGUCCGAGUACGAGGCCUACCUCACCGAGAUUGACUGGGUCAAGAACGACUGCACCUACCUGCUCAAGCAUCUGGACAGCUAUGCAAAGGACUCCAAGAUCGGAUCUCCCGAGCUCUCCAUCGCCUUCGCUCCGACGCGCAUGCGAUAUCGCAAAGAGCCGUUGGGCGCUACUCUUAUCAUUGGCACCUACAACUACCCCGUCAUGCUGCUGCUGGCUCCUUUCACCGGCGCCAUCGCUGCCGGCUGCACCGCCGUGCUCAAGCCUUCCGAGAGCGCGCCGGCCACGGCAAUGGCCAUCAAGGAGAUGAUCGAGGACCGCCUCGACAACAGCGCCUUCACUGUCGUCAACGGCAUGGUCGGCGAGACCGGCGCCCUGCUCAACGAGAAGUGGGACAAGAUCUUCUACACGGGCGGCGCGUCGGUCGCAAAGAUCAUCGCCAAGAAGGCGGCCGAGACCCUGACGCCCGUCACCUUGGAGCUUGGCGGCCAGAACCCGGCCUUUGUCACCCGCCAUGCCAACGUCAAGCUGGCCGCGCGCCGCAUGCUGUGGUCCAAGGCCCUCAAUGCGGGACAGGUCUGCCUGUCGCAGAACUACGUGCUGGCGGAGAAGCCGAUCGUGGAUGACCUGGUCAAGGCUUUCAACGAGGCCUUCGAGGAUUUCUUCCCCAACGGCGCGAAGGACAGCGAGCUGGUGCACGUUAUCAAUGAGAGGCAUUUCCUCCGACUCAAGAACAUGCUGGACAAGACCAAGGGCAAGAUCGUCAUGGGCGGCAAGAUGGACCAGUCAACUCUGUUUAUGGAGCCGACAGCCGUGCUCGUGGACUCGCCGGAGGACAUUACGGUGCAAGAGGAGUCCUUCGGCCCCAUCUUUGCCAUUCUGCCCGUCGACAACCUCGCCCAGGCCAUCGAGAUUGCAAACGAGGUCUACCGGACGCCGCUGGCGUCCUUCAGCUUUGGAUCCAAAGAGGACCACCAAACAGUCCUCGGCCACACGACCUCAGGUGGCACGACCCUCAAUGACUCCUUCUCUCACGCUAGCUUCAGCAACGUCUCCUUUGGCGGCGUGGGCGAGUCCGGCAUGGGCUCGUACCGCGGCAAGGCGUCCUUUGACUGCUUCACCCACCAGCGGGUGGUUGCCGAUGUCCCCUCCUGGAUGGAGCCCUUCCUGCGCGUCCGCUACAUGCCUUACAAGUGGGGCGAGCUCAAGCGCUUCCGCCUCCUCACGUCCGACAGCCCGGACUUUGACCGCGAGGGCAGGGUCAUCAAGGGCCUGGGCUACUGGCUCAAGUUUGUGCUGACCUUGGGCGCGAGCGGUACUGGUGGUGGCGGCGGCAGCGGCGCCAAAGCACUUCUGCUCCAAUCGUACCACAGACAAGAGUCCGCGACGACUGGUUAUACACAUCCUAACUCUGAUGGCGACAACAGUACCAUCAAUCGCCUGCCUAGGCGUAAUAGGCAGAAAUGUAUGCCCAUGCCCACGUCCAUCCUCAACCUCGUCCUUGUCCACUUCCACUUCCACGGAGAAGAUGCCCCCAAGCUAACCUUGACACCGUCUCGCCCGCAGAACAACCCCCUCCACAUCUCGAUAUUCCCCUCCUACGAACCCUCCGGCCCCAACACCCCCGCCGCCCCGCUCCGCACGCCUCUGCAGUUCUCCCUCCUGCUCUCCUCCACCCUCGACGUGUUCGAGCUGCGCGCCCGGGCGGCGGCGCAGCAGGACGGCGGCGGCGGCGCGACGCGCCUCAGCGGAGACCUGGGGCUGCUGCACGCCGUGGACGACAGGCUGGCCGCGUACGGGUUCGAGACCAACACGGGCGUCAAGAUGGUGGCCGUCGUGGACAUGCGCGGGCGGAGCAGUCGAGCCGUGACGGGGCCCGCGGUGGGAGCGGGAGGAGGAGGAGGAGGUGCAGCGGUGGGAUUGAGGGAGGGGGAGGUCAAGCCGGUGUUCAAGGCGAUGCAGGCGGCGUACGUACAGCUGCUGCAGAACCCCUUUUUCGACCCGGACGAGCACUCGCCGCCUGGCGGGCGUGGGGGCCACAGGAUCACGAGCAAGAAGUUUGGGGAGGCGAUGCGGCGGAUCGGCGAGAACUGGGCCCCUGGGGUGACGAACCUGUGA